AUGAGCAUUAGUUCCAAGAAGUUAGAGCAUGAUGCUUCUACACUUGCUAAAAAGCAUGAUCUUCGGAAAUUUAUUAGCAACCAUUCUUUCCUGUCGUCGAAGCUUUUUGGGUUUACCUUUGUAUUACUGUAUUUCUUUUUGUUGAACUUCAAGGUCCAAGAUGCUACUAUUCAAUUACCUUUCUAUAUGGUGUUUGGCUUGUUUUUGUUUAUAAGUUUUGUAACUCAAUAUUUGGGUAUAUUCUCUUACAGUUAUCAACCGUUCCGAAUCCAAAAUGUGCUUAUUACAACAAUAUCCAUGAGCUUAUUAACAAUUAGUGCCUCAGAAUUUGGGUCUCUUGAAACUCUGUGUUUAUGCAUUUUAUCCUAUAAGUUAUUUGACCAUCGCUCUCAAUUCCCUACCCCUAUUGCAGCCUUCUCUUCUUUAAAACAUUAUCUUAUUAUCCCAUCAGUAUGCUUAAUAAUCGUUCUUUUUUCAAGUUUUUUUGUUGAGCCAGAUUCGUCUGUUAUAAAAACUUUGUUCGGCAUACUUUGUAUAGUUUGUUCCAUCCUCUUACGUGCCUUCUAUCAAGAUCCUUCUAAAAGGCAAGAGAAAGCGGAAGUUAAGUUGAUUAUUUUGUCUCUGUUAAUAUGCUUCUUUAGUCAAUUCGGCUUAAUUCCAAUGAGAUUUCUCGACGUAUCAGUUACUCGCUUCUCUUUAUCGUCGUUAAUUUCGAUAUUUUGCAUAAAUUACAAUGAUUUGGAUAUAAUUAAUUACAGCCUGGACCUCAGAGACGUUCGCGUAGUCUUAGCAAUAGGUUCCGUUAUCGCUCAUCAUUUUGUUUCUAAUAGUCUCUUGAAGGGAAUUAUAAGGACUUACCAGUUAUUUUUCUCAUUUUUUUAUGUUGGCUCAGACUUCACUAAUACCUUGAAACUUCCCGACAACAGUCGAGUUGUUAGUACAUAUAAAGUAUUCCUGGUUGAUGGUAUACUUGCUGAUAAAGAAUCGAGGAGCAUAUUCUUUUUUUUUCUGUUGAAUCUUUUUUAUAUGAUGGUACAAGUUUUCUAUGGUUUCUAUACGAACUCUUUAGGAUUGAUAUCUGAUGCCAUACAUAUGGCUUUCGACUGCAUUGCAGUUUUUGUGGGCUUAGUGGCAACGGUUUUAGUGAAGCUUCCUUCGAAUUACGCAUAUCCUUUUGGUUUUGCGAAGGUUGAAGCUCUCUCUGGAUUUACAAAUGGAAUCUUUUUGAUUUUGAUAUCAUGUUCCAUUGUAUGUGAAGCGUCGUAUCGGCUGUUCCAUCCUCCAAAAAUGAAUACUGAUCAACUGUUAGCUGUAAGUUUCAUUGGUCUUGUCGUGAAUUUAGUGGGUAUCGUGGCUUUCAAUCACGGACACGCGCAUGGUCACGGAAGUUGUUCACAUGGUCAUCAGGAAUUAGCUCUUCCAAACAGCACUAAUGAUGUUAAUAUAUACGAGGAAUUUAAUAGUCACAAUCAUGACCUGCAAACGCACUCUAUUGUAAACGAUUAUCAAGAUGACUGCCGGCAUGAACAUUCUCACAACCACUCCCAUCACUCAGGUUUAGAAAAGCAAGAUUUUAUGCCUCGUGUUGGUCAUCAAUCUCACAGCCACCACCAUGGUCAUGAUCAUUAUCAUCACCAUCAUUCUGAAAAUAACAAUAUGCAGGGAAUUUUCCUCCAUAUAUUAGCAGAUGCUAUGGGUUCUGUUGCUGUUAUUGUUUCUACAUUGCUUAUUAAAUGGUUUUCUUGGACAGGUUUUGAUCCUUUGGCUUCCAUGAUAACUGCUAUUUUUAUUUUUAUUUCCGUCAUACCUCUUAUAAUUAAUUCGGCAAGAAAUUUGCUUACAGUAACGGAUUCAGAGUCAGAGUAUAUCUUAAAACAAUGCCUUUCGGACAUCAGUGUUAUGAGGUCUAUUAUAAGUCUGUCUAAUCCAAAAUUUUGGAAAAACGAAAAAGGUGAGCUGUAUGGGAAUUUACAUCUUCAAGUCAGUAUAGAAGGUGAUUUGAAUAUUACGAGAAACGACAUUUAUAAAAAACUGAAAACGGCUCUACCGAAUCUAAAAGAUGUAUGUAUACAAGUUGAGCGUCCUAACACUUGCUGGUGCGGUAAAUAA